AUGAUUCGUCCUUUCUUGAGAUAUAGGCUCUGGGAUGGGCAAAUCGGAGGCUUUGCUAUUUCAAAAGAUAGCAUUUCUGUCAAAAAGAUGGGUGGUUACGUACAUUUAAGUGUAAAAAACGUGGGUUUUAACGGUGUUAUAACGGUGCAGGCGCAAUCGGACUUACUGAGACUAAAUUUUAGUGGCCAGAUUAGAGUGUCGUCCCAGAAUACGCGUUUGGAAGUUACUUUAAAACGGGAUGACCUCCUCAUUUACCCCGUAACCGAAUUGUGGCCGGACCUCGAUAUUACGUUCACCGAUGAUUUUGGUAUACUGAACUACUUAAAACCAGUAAUUCAGAGAACUGUUUCUUUAGUGCUUUACUACGUUAUACCUAAACGGGUGAGUGAAAUAGUGGAUACUAAGCUGAAUCCUCUUCUGCGCAAAGCCAGACAAAGUCUCGUUGAAAAUAUCGGUAAUGGUUGGAUCGUACAGACUAGUGUGCAAGAAAAAUAUCUGCAAAUUGCUCUCAAACCCACAAGCGAAGCCGGCGUGCUUGUGCCUGUAAGGCCUAUUGACAAAAUGAUUUGCGCUGAUAUCUUUUUCCGCGAUAUUCUUUUGGGAUUCCUUUCUACAAGAGAGAAAAAGCUCAUGGCUACUCAUUCAAGAAUUCAGUUGCCCAUGACUAAUCGCUCGAGAGUUCAGGUAAGUAAGUAAUG